UUGUGUUUAUAGUGUGUUAUUGUGAGCGUGUCUGUGUAGAAGCGCGCUCUGAGUGGCGGAGGCGAGGUGAGCGGUGGCGAGCGAGGCGCGGGAUUGUGAGCCUUACGCUGCCACGGAACACGAGUCAUUUCGUCAUAGCGGCCCGUGGCACUCAGUGGCACCGUGUCAGGGCUCGUGGCUAAGUUUAGCGCUGCCCCUGAUCCCUACCUGGCGUACUACCUCACUCAUCAUCAUCUGCAACACCACCACACCACCUGUACAUAAUUUUACUGGCCGAGGUCUUGAACAGUCCAACGUCCACUCCAGGACAGUGUCGGUGAUGGCGACCUAACCCGCUUAUUCCCACUCAUCCACUCUAAUCCUGGGGUGAGGGUGACGUUAGCGUGAGCGAGGUGGGCAGGGGGCGAGCCCACCUUCACCCACCUCUCAGUCUACAGUGGUGACUGGUGACAGUGGGCCUCGGCCGCUCAGUCAACAACAAGGUCCCGCCAGUCUCCACUCACUGUCAGGAGAUCAAUACUCUUUUUCCAAAAUAAAAGGAAAAUUGUCAGUUAAACAGGAAAAAUAAGUCACAGUGGUUGAAAAGUGACACAUGGAAAAUUACUGGUGGGAUAAUGUAAACUUUUCCUGUGCGGUCUCGUCUCUUCCCCACAAGUCGGCUGCUCCCAACUAGCCUUCUAUGACCUCUGAUCAACCAGGCUGUACCUAUUCGUGCUGCAUACCUAGACAGGAUGAUGAUGGAAGGCGAGCUGCUAGCCCUUGGAGUAUGAUGACACUCCCUGGUGAGCUGUACUGGAACAAGGUGGUGGCGCGGGAGGGCAGCAGCAGGAUGGAGGUACUGGAUGGCCGCCCGGCUCCCGCCAGCCCGGACCAUAGCGACCCACAGUCACACCUCAACAUGGGCGGUGUAAGUCCCCCAGAGGGGCCCACUCCCCCUGCCCCCCCGCCGCCGCCGCCACAACAGCAGCCACAGUCCGACGGCUACUGGAAUAUGCACCUUGAGGUGCUCAGCAAGUUGAAGGGUGAAGUGAAAGACUGGUAUGAGGGUGACUCCCUAGAUGCUGGGCUGGGGCAAGGUGGGGGUGUAAAACAGGAACAGGACCCCUAUGCACCUUACUCACACCUGCAUCAAAGUCACCCAAUGACCCCAGAAUCCAUGCAUGCCACGUCACUCAAUGGACCACAUAAUGGGCCACUCGGCGGCCCUCACAACGGACCUCACAUGGGCUACCCUCUUCAACAACAAACCCAGCAACAGCACCAACAACACUAUCAGGGCUACCAGAGUCAUCCUGGGAUGGGUGACAUGGCUCCAAUGUCCCCAGGCUAUCAGGGCCAUCCAAGACCGCACCCACAACAACACAUGAACCAACAACACAUGGGGCACCAUAUGGGUCAGUAUCCUGACCAACAACAUGGGCAAUAUGGUCAGUAUGGCCAGAUGGGAGGUCAUAUGGGUCAGGGAAUGCAAAGUCACCCUGGUCAUGAAGGGCCCCCUGGCCGAGAGGGUGAUCCCUACAGUUUUGUGGAUGAAUAUAGCGGCCCACCACCCAGACCUGUCGAGGAAGUCCUUGGACAAACCCAGCCAAAAAGAAGAGGCCGCAAACCAAAACAUAUAAAACUUAUGGAGAAUGGGAGUGGAAUGCAAGGUGGCACGCACUCAGUCAGUGAGGUGGAGGGAGUGGCGGCAUGUUUACAAGGUGACCCAUUAGCAAUAGCUGCUGCUCAAGCUGCCCAUGAAGCCAAGAAACGCAAGUGGAAGCAACUAGGUCCUGAUGGUAAGCCAGUCUUAGCACCCAUAAAGCAAAGGAAGAAGGUCGACAGAUUUGAUGGUAUUCCUGAAGAUGAAGUAGCCAAGAAAACUUUACCUGAUCAUCUGGGCCCUAACCUGGACAUAGUCAUUAUUUCUAAAUUCCCAUUCCAGAUCGGAAUAAAUCCAGGUUUGUUUGCGGCAUACAAAGGACAUCAUUAUGCAGGCCCGGGGAACCACUUCUCGACCUUCUACAAUCAAGGGAAAUGCUUGUACCUGUCUGGACUGAUCCCUGAACCACUCACAUCUGAAGAUGACUUCCGUUUGUUAGAACAUGGUAUUGGCUUCACUAACAUUGUUGCUCGCACCACAAGGGGAUCAGCAGAUUUGACCCGCAAAGAGAUCAAAGAAGGUAUAGUAUCAGGUGGACAAAUCCUGCUGUCAAAACUGCAACAGUUUCAACCUCGAAUUGCUGUAUUCAAUGGUAAAGGGAUCUAUGAAAUAUUUUCUGGGAAAAAAGAAUUUACGUUUGGAAGACAACCAGAGAAAAUUGAAGGAACUCGCACACACGUGUGGGUGAUGCCAUCAUCAUCAGCACGGUGUGCACAGCUUCCAAGGGCCCUGGAUAAAGUCCCAUUCUAUACAGCUCUUCGGAAAUUCCGUGACUUUUUGAAAGGUACAUUGGAUGAAUUAAAUGAAGAGGAAAUUACAUUUAUUAAUGUGAAAGUAAAGAGUUUAAAAAUGGACCCUAGUGAGAAGGUAGAGCUUGGGUGCGAGACCCAGCCUGGAGAACUGUGCCGGUCGACGGAUUCAUUGGGUUCUCCCUUAAAUGAUGAAGAUAGGCUAGUUAUUAAGGAAGAACCUGAUGUGCCCACUAAACUUGAUGGGGAAAUUGAGGAAGAUGAAAUCAGCAAAGAAAUGCCCCAGACACUUUUCAAUUUAAAUGGAAUGACCAGAGAACAGCUAGAUUGUAUGGACUGCCCCACCAUACCCAUCAGGAAGAAGCGCGGCAGACCGAAGAAGACUCCAGAUGACCCCAAUGCUCCGCCCCGUCCUCGGCCUCGGCCACAAAAUAUUGACCCAUUGAUGUUUAAUGGAGAGCAGCCAAUAAAGAAAAAGAGAGGGAGACCAAAGAAAGUACUGGAAGAUGGCACUAUACCUCCACCCAAACGACCAGGGCGUAAACCUAAAGCUCUGAAAGAAAUGUUAGCACAGCAACAACAUAUUCACCACCCACAACAUCUAAGUCAACAUCCUCAGUUAAGUCAGCAACAGUUAGGUCAACAGCAACCUCCACCUGUAGGAAUGGCACAUAUGAAUGGAAUGAUGUCCCCAACAGGGUUUAGUCCAAACCCAGGUGCUCAGACAUUUUCUCCACAGUAUGGAAGCCAUACUCCUGUUCAUGGAGGUGGUAGCCUCACCCCCAAUCAUAACACUGGCAGUCAGACCCCUGGCCUAAAUCAGCCCCCUGGUCACAAUCAGACCCCUGGCCAUAAUGCGGCAAUGGUUCCGAGAGGACAAACGCCUCAACAAUUUGGUCAGUCUCCAGGAUAUUCCCCAGGUCCAACAGUCAACCCAGUCAUCCCCCAACACCAACAAAGAACGCCGACAGCUUACACCCAGCAGCAGGCGGAGACUCCGACAGACUUAAAAGUGGAUGAAGAACACCAUUUAGGUCUGUCUUCUCCUCCUGCAUCUCCACUCAUGGCACAACCAGAUUUUGAGCCUCCUAGCAGUAUGCCUGAAGGAGAUAUGUCUAUUGGUGCUUCAGACACACAGAGCUCAACAGCGCUCACCCCAAGUCAUCAACUUCAAGAAGAUGGUAAGGCAUCUGUACCAUUAGCUACCAGGGACCAGCCUCAGCUCACCCCUACUAUGCCUGGCCAGUUCUCAAACCCCACGACCCCAGUAGAUGGCAGUUCAUACCAGAAUUACCCUUCGUACCCUUCAAAUGCUUCACACUCUCCAUCGAUGGUGAAGCCGUCUGCUGUACACCCAGGACAGUCACCGACAAUUGUGAACAAAGGAGACGUGGCAUCCAAGAGCUUGUCAGGUCUAGAGUCAUUAGUGGACCAGAUACCUAGCCUAAAUGAACAUGAGACAAGUAGCCAACAUUCUGCUCACUCAAACUCUGCUCCUUGUUCCAAUCCUACUACCCCUGGCCCCCCUGCGGGAUCAGCCCCCUUCAGUCCUGGUCACGUUCCGCCCACCUCAACAUACCAGAGCUACCCAGGGGGAGGCAGCUCAGGAGCCUCAGCAUACCCAACCUCCCACUAUGGCUCCCCACAAUCUUCACACCCAUACUCCUCCCCUCACUACAGCUCCAACAGUACAAACCUCAGUACAAAUUUCAGUGUGAGCUCACUGGCAAAUAGCAGCAUUAGUACCACUAUGUCAUAUAGUAAUGCUUAUGACCUGGGGUCGCCACAAGCGUCGACUAGCUCAUUUAGUGUGUCAUCGUUGACGAGCAGUGCCCCUGCCCCAUCCCCCUCCAUGUACAGCCAGUCCUACUCCCCUGCUCCUCCAUCUGCCCCUGGGCCACCUCCACACUCCUCUUACCCAGAUAUUAUGAGCCCCUCAAUGUUGGCUCCAACCCCCUCCAUGGGCUCAUCAUUUAUGGGAUCUCCCAGUUUGAUGAGUUCACCCACACCCAUGAGCUCAAGUAUGGGUGGAUCCUCCAUGGGCCCCAUGGGUGCUCUUCACUCCUCUAUGGGCAUGACGGGGUCACAGCUACCAUACCCAUAUUCACAAUAUAGUGAUGCUGCCCCUGGAUAUCCCCCUCCAGGGCACUCCACUUUUCCCUACCCAACAGCUCCUGGGUUUCAUGUACCCUCCCCACGCUUCCCCUACCCGUCCCCCUAUGCUAACUCCCCCUAUACUCAAGGCUACUCUCAGAAUGCCGUGCUGGAGCGAAUCAAGCAAACCAGUAUGGGCAUGGGCUUUGGGGGAUUUUAAGGUGCAAGGAUAGUAAUGAUAGAAGUACUCUGGUGUAGUGUACUAGCCAUGUAAAGGAAAUAGGUCUCACUGUUUCCCAUGCUCACUGUAUUGUCUCAGUGUCAGUUCCUUGUUUUAGCUUUUUUAUAUAUUUGUUACCCUAGAGCACCUGGUAAGCUCCACUUCCAUCUCCUCACUGUCAAGUGAUAGAGUGAAGGAGGUUGUGGCACUUGAGUGAUUAAUUGUAUGUAAACUGUUCUCUGUGUGUGGAGAAGGGAGUGUUUGCCAUAUAUGACAGGGUAAUAAUAAUUGCUAAGCAUUGUGAUGCACUAGAGCAACACCCCUCCCCUCAGUGAACAGCGUCAAGUGUUGCAUCACCAUUCCUGCGUUGUGCACCAAUAAUGGCCAGUGAUCUCAUGAGCCGUGUAACAGGCCAACUGACCCAUCCGCCUCGUGGCGGAAUCACCACAGCUCACAAACGCUAGGAACCACCUCACUGGAUGGUCCCACUGACCACCCAGGAGGAACAUAGUCCCACUGGUAGCAUUAAACCAGGGGACAUAAAAAAAAAGUCCUUUCUAUCAGUGAAACUGGGGACUAAGUCCUCUAUAACAGUGAUUUUAAGGGGCUAAAAAGUCCUAUAUAACAGUGAACCAUAAAACUGGAAGGUCCUGCCAGAAGUGAACUGAGCUUACCCCAUGUGCAUCAAUCUUUAUAGACUGUGUGUCAGAGACAGAAACUUGUGAUGUGGAGAAGUGUGUGUGUGUGGAAGUGAAAAAGGAGUCCCAUUUGGCUUCCACAAGGUGAUGAAAAAUAAGUGGUUUUGGUACCCAGUCCAGGAGGCUUGUGAACAAGUAUGUGUUGAGACAGUUCCUUCCAACAGAUAAUGUAAAGUAGUAUUAAGAAGCCAGACCCUUUUAUAUGGACAGCACAAUACUCUUUUGGUGCAAUAUAGUCAUCAAUCAUUCAUGCGCACAGUGUUGACAGAUGUUUUUGAAAUGAUAUUAACACACUUGUUUAUAUCUACCACCCAUAUUUGCAGUUUAAUGAUUUGUAGUGAAACCUCCCCCAAAAAACAAAAUUGUCACAGACUAUUUGAUACAGUUUGUUAAGCCAUGAAUUUCUCAAGGGUACUAUCUACUUCAUAGUAGACACAUGUUUCUGAGUUACAUUAAGGAGGAGCAUUUAUGCUGGUCAACUCAUAUCCAUCUGCAAUAUGUAAACUUAACUGGUCAAUCAUACAUGUUCUUUUUCUCAUGUUUUUAUUAAAAAUUUCUUGCACUGCCAGAAUAUAUAGACACAGUUUAUGUUGCUAUAUAGUCAUUAAGGCUGUAGGAAAUGUGUAAUUAUUACAUGAUGUUAUGUGUUGGUAGAUUAUGUACUGUGUGUAGAUUGUCAUAAGUAUUUCUCCUUAAUGUAACUCCAAGAAUCUCAUUAUACUAGUUUCAAGGACUUCUGAUUGCUCAGAUAUAAUAUUGACUGUGUUGGAUUAAUUUAAUAUUGACGAAUAAUUCUUGACAUAAUUAUCAAUGCCAUGGCUUUGCAUCUGGCGUCUGUAUCCAACUAUUGAUUGAUACGUAACUCUUGUAUCCAACUGUUUGAAACCUGGUGUCUGCCCACAAGCAGUAGACAGUCAGGGUUGUGGUGUGAGCUGUGUUAGAGGCAUCAAAAUGCAGGAGAUAAUUGGUUGAUAUUUCCCAUCAUGUGUAACUCCAGUUAUGGCUAUAAUUUACUUACAUAAAUUCAUUAAUUCUGUAAAUGAUAUAUAUCUGAUGUUGACUAUUUUGGAAAAUUGUAAAAAUUAGUUUAUAUUUGAUAGUUUAAGUAAAAAUUUUACAAAAUGAAGAAAAUGUCAGCACAGUCUAGAAGCUGAGUAGUGUUCUGUGUUAUGGUCGUGGGGGGCAUACACCAUAGUCAGGUACAGGGCAGGUUGUACAGUAUAGUUUCUUAUGGCUCUGUAACAGUUUCCUCUGCUACAGUUAACAGUCUUAUCUGGUACAAUGACACUUUCAGCAGGGAAAUGAAUGGUUGUACUCUGAAUGUCAAGCUUGUUUGUGGGGAGGGUUGGCAUGUAUGUCUUUUCAUGCAUGGGUGGGUUGUUGUUGUGGGCCUUUUUAGAGGGUUGGAAUGGUUGUAUUAAUGUUGGUUGUAUGUAUGAUCUUUGUUAUCUACAAGAAUAUAUAUUGUUAGAUGUUUAAUUGGUUGAUAAACCAGUUGUAAAUCUGUAUUACCUGUCAUUUGGGGGGGUAAAAAGGCAAAGACUCAAAUAAUUUAUAUGUAAUUAAUAGUUUUGCCGAGUAAAUUUCUCACAUAAAAGGAUAAUUGGAUCCUUUUAAUCCAGAUACUUUUUCCAGGGGUAACUUUUUUAUGCAUUUUUGCUUUGUUGAUGUGUAUGUUGUUAAGGGGAUACAUUUGUUUUUAUUACUGAAGUUUCUCUGUAGCAGUUGACAGACUGUGCUGACAUUAUUCCAUCAUAGCUCAGGCUGGAAACUUAACACCUACUAGUGCAGCUCAGGCAGCUAAAAUACAUAAAAGAUGUUACCCAGACAGCUAACUGAACAUUUAGGUGGAGGAGUGAAUCUCUUCUGACCUCCACCAACAUGGUCGUAGGCAGCUUGGCCAUCAACACUGCUUCAAUGUUCCCAUGACCCUGACAAACAUAUCAGACCACCUGCUUGAUGGCAAACAUGAUUACUGUUUUUAGGAGAAAUUAAAAUCAAAACGAUUGUAAUCUAUGCAAGUUAUAAUGUUUUGGCAUAAAUGUUUUCGCCUCAAUAAUGUGUAAAAGUCAAUAGCUCAUCCACACUUCAGAUCAUGAUGACCGUGAAUACAUUUUCAGCUGUGGCUCAUUUUUUUUUUGACUUACUAAGCAAUAAGACGAGAGGAUCAGUAGUAGUGUGCAUACUUUAGUGUUGACAACCCCUGUAGGUGUGGUUGGUGUGUAGGGUUGGUGGUGUUGGCUGCCUACCUUGGCAUCGUCACCACCCUCCUGUCUUUCUCCCUCGGCUACCAGGUACCAACUUGGCCACCACCACAGGUGUUGCUUCUGAAUGGUGGUUAUUGUGUGCACUGGGUGCCACUGGUGCACAUGUGUGACUGUGUAUAUUAUGAGUGUACUAUAGGUGUGCCAUGGGUGUGGUGGUGUAGUGUAGGGUGUGUACCAGGAUACCAUGGGAAGGGUCCGGUGUGCCGCAUGAUCUCAUUGUUAAUGUGUUGUCCCCCCGUGGCUCCAGGCCCCCCUUCCCCCUCCCAGUCUUUCCUGUGGCGCCUGUGGUGGUGGUGGUAGUGGCAGUGGUGUUGGUGAGCUAGUUUCAGUAGUGGUGAUGGUGGUGGUGGCAGUGUUAUAGCACCACUGUCAACAUUCAUGGAUAGUUCACCCCCCUCUCCUCUCAGCUGGCGGUCUCACCCAACCUCUCCCGGUACCUAACGUGUCUUGUUCCAGUCUUUUCUAUAUUAGAAAUGUUCUUAUGUUAUUAUUAAUGUGCUUUAUUUAUUCUCACUUUUAUUUUUUGUUGAUACACUUUUAGAUAGUGUAGCUAUGUUUUUCACCCUCGGCUUGGGUCGGGGGUGCAAGCGCUGUCACUGAUGACGUGUGUGGCACCGUAUUCCAUCCAUGACUAGUUUACCUCACGUUCCUCUCCGUAUUUAUAGCUUAUAUUUUGAGAGCAUUUUGUGUGUAUAUAGCUUUUCUCCUUCACCUUCUAACACAACUUCCUCAUACAGAGGUGGGAAUCUCAUGCCCCGAUCCUUCAACUCCCUGCCCCCUCCCCAAACAGCUCCCCAUGACCAUAGGCUCGUGGCCAGCUUCUUCACACUUUGCUAUCUUAUUUUUUCCUUUUUUUAUUAUUUUAUCUUUUUGUAUAAAGUGACAACAGUAGGUUUAGGCUUCCCCUAGGUGGUGCUCUGAGCUACCCGGGACUUAUUGAGAGUUUUUUACCAGCCUGUGUUUGACGUCAGUGCAGUUUUCAGUUUCUGUAUGAUGAGAAAAAUGAGGAUAGUCGUGUGUUGCUCUGAAGGUAGGCAGGUAUCCAUGUGGGUAGAGUACAUAAAUAAGUUUUGUAAUUUAUACCAGAUGUUUCAUAUAUUUUUAAAAUAUUUAUUGCCGUUACUGCACUUUUUCCGUUAUGGGCACGGAAGGUCUCUGCUUCUCGCUGUUGAGCUUUAAUGAAUCCAUUGUUGCAGCCUGAGUGGCGUGGACAAGUGGCUGGAUAAGGCAUCUUGCCCACGCCCGCAUCCCCAUGCCCACAUGCGACCCAUUCUGUCACAAGUAGGUUGCCAUGUCUGCCGCCCGCCUGCCUGCCAGCAGUAUGGCAACCUCAUGCCCUGGGAUGCUUCUACUCAACUCUUUUGGUAUUGUUUUAAAUACCAGGUGUGUCAAUAAUAAGCAUUGUUAUAGGUGUGGGCAUGGGGAUGCAGCUGGCGUGUGAUCGGUGGUGUGGACGCGACCUGCAGGCUCACUGCUGGUGUUGAGUAGGCCGCCCCUCAUCCACACAGGUCACUGGUCACCCCUCAUUCAUCGCUCUGGGCCGGCGCCCCUUCCCCCCUGGGCAGCCAUCCCCCCACUCCCCCCUCUCGCAACUGAUACCUGUGUUUUUAUUUGAAGAGUCUGUACAGUUCUUGUGUAAUGACUAGAAAUAUUACUGAGGAUAAUAAAUAAUAUACAUGUGUUGUGAUUUCUCAAACAAAAUAAAUAGUGUGAAUUGUGUUCCUAA